CUCUCUCUCUAUGUUGUCACUCGUUCACAGUCGGCAAAGCAUAUCACAGCUGCAAUACCAUCCAUCCCUUCCCUUCUCCUCAAGCAUCACCAACCUUGUCUUCUCCUCGAUCGACCCCAUGGGCGGUGGCGUCCAAGAAGAGGAGGCCGGCACGCCACCGGGCGCCGGCGCCGUGGUGCUGCAGGCGGUGGUGGUCAAGGGGAAGCGCAGCAAGCGCCAGCGCGUGCACCCGCCGCCGGUGGUGUUGGCGGCGCCAGAGUGGUCGUCGUCCGCGACCGCGGCGGCCGGGGAGGAGGAGGAGGAGGAGUCCGGGACGUCGCGGUCGGACGAGGCCGCGUCGACCGGUUGCGUCACCGAGGAGGAGGAGGACAUGGCGCUAUGCCUCAUGCUCCUCUCGCGCAGCCAGCCUGCGUCGGCGGAGCUGCCGGUAGUGAAGGAGGCCAGGUUCAGGAGCCGGCGCCCGGCCGAGGGCGCCGCUGCCGGCGAGUUCGUGUACGAGUGCAAGACAUGCAGCAAGUGCUUCCCGUCCUUCCAGGCGCUGGGCGGCCACCGCACCAGCCACAAGAAGCCCCGCCUGCUUCCUCCGGCGCCGGCGCCGCCGUCCGAGGACAAGAAGCCGUCGCUUCCGCCUCCGCCGCCGCCCCCGUCGCAAUCGACCGCCGAUGCAACAGCGCUAGCGAUCCCGGUCCCGGUGGUGCCAAAGCAAGAACCGGACACGGUCGCCGCCACCGCCGCCGUCAUCGCCACGAGCAGCAGCUCGAAGCAUCCGAGGGUGCACGAGUGCUCAAUAUGUGGCGCCGAGUUCGCGUCGGGGCAGGCGCUCGGCGGGCACAUGCGGCGGCACCGCCCGCUCGUGCCGGCAGCCGCGCGGGACGAAGCGCCCAGGAAGGAGAAGAGCCUCCUCGAGCUGGACCUCAACAUGCCCGCGCCGUGCGACGAGGCAGAGACGUCCCCACCCGCAACGUUCGCUUUUGCCGUCGUGGAGAGGCCACCGGCGCCGCUGCUCUUCCCGGCGGCCGCGGCGUCGGCCUUGGUUGACUGCCAUUACUAGUAAACACCAAUUAGCUCCUCCGCUUCUCAGCUGAUACAUAAUUACAUACACACCACUUCUCCUUAUUGUCUAAAUAUUUUUCUCUUUUUUGGGCUAUUUUGAUUCCAUUAUUUGUUCAAAUGAUUGGAAAUUUGGAAUGGGCGAUGUGAAUUAGUGGUACAAAAAUAUGUUUGGAUUUGACCCUGUGUGAUUAAUUUAUUCAUUAAUUCAGAUU